GCGAGUCGGCGCGUUGGCGCGUUUUUCCUAAUCGCCCGACUCCCCUUCCUUCCUACUCCGGUCAAUUCCACUCCACACCCCACGUGUGCGGCUCUGGAUUCUCCCCUCCCUGUCCGAAUAAAAGAUCGAAUUUUUCCCCCUUUCGACGCGGUCGAUUUCCUUAGGUUUUCAAUCGGAUUGGGGCUAAAUCUGAAUUAGGGUUUCUUAAACCGGCGCAUUAUCGCUGCGGGGGGAGCGAUGGAUAUCCAGAGGAAGCGAGUCCAGCUUCUGGUCUUCGUCGUCGGCAUCAUCGCUCUCAGCAUGACGGCCGAAAAAUGCCGACAGCUAAUGGGGGAGGAGGGGUCAUCUCAGAGUGGUAAGUUUACAUUCUUGAAUUGCUUCGACAUGGGCUCUGGAACCCUAGCAUGUUCGGUGAAGGAGGGAGUGAAGCUCUAUUUCUACAACAUACGGGCAGCCCAUGUCGAAAGGGCUAGGGUCCUCGCGAUUGAGACUGCGAUUGUCGACGCGAUGGCACAAGGGUUAACAUCCAAGGAUGCAGCCAAGCAGGCACAGAAAGAAGGGGCCAAAGCAGCAAAAUUGGCGACUCGGCAGGCCAAACGCAUAAUAGGACCCAUCAUAUCUUCAGGGUGGGAUUUUUUUGAAGCUUUAUACUAUGGUGGUACAAUGACAGAGGGUUUUCUCAGGGGAUCCGGGACUCUGUUUGGUGCUUAUGCUGGAGGCUUCCUUGGUGAGCAGAGACUUGGGAAGUUCGGAUAUCUAGUGGGAAGCCAUCUGGGAAGUUGGGUUGGAGGUAGGAUUGGGCUUAUGGUGUAUGAUGUCGUCAAUGGAGUGCAUUUUCUGCUUCAGUUUGUUCAGCCUCAAGAAGAGGAAGCAGGGGUUAAUGAAUCCCCAGUUUUCAAACAUUUUGAAGGUUCUGAAGAGUCUUAUGAGACUCCUUUUGGUAAGAGCUCUGACGCUUCUGAAGAUUAUGUUGCUCAUGAGUCAACUACUUACUCCGAGGCUUACUCUGAGGCUUCUGAAAAUGAUGAUGCUCACGAUUCAACAACUUACUCCGAAUCAUACGAAGAGUUAUAAGUUUUAGAGUGCAGGCUUAGGGCUGCAAAAUUGAACAACCAUUCUGAAACUCUGAUCAUACCUCAGAGCAGCGGUCUAUGCUCCAGUGAAACGUGUACUUAUGCAGGUGGCGGCUUAAGGGAGGGUUUUAAUCGAGGAUCGGAAAGGGCUGACUUGGUUAUGUACUAUCUUUUUGAAUAUUUCUUAAGAAUAUGCUUUGGUGAUUUGGGAGUUCUAAGCAUCAUAUAAAAGUUCAUAUAUUGUAAUGGUCAAGGUGAAACUCUGUCAUUUGAUUGUAUGUAUAUUAGGGAUGAGCAUGGUUUGAGCGGGUAA